GCUGCUGGGACAUGAUUUCACUGAGGACACUAAUCCACGUUGUGGGAUUAAAUCACUUCAGUAUCAAACACAGUCUUGGUAGUAUCUGCGGCUACAGGUGUGGAUGGGGGGGAACAGCCCGAGUCAUUUCUCUCAUGAAGAUGAUGAAGAAGGCAGAGGAGUUACUUUUGUCAAGGGCAUUCGGCUUUCGGAAAAGUCAUCAACCGGAUGAAACCGCCUUCAAAGGUCGUCGGCCCUCGGCUCUCACAGAAUGAAAGUCCUCCUCCACCUGAAACACAAACACCCACUCCAGUUCCCGCCCCCUCUGUCAAACACUUAAUACCUCUUCUGACACCGCCUCCUCCAUUUAUCCCCCCUCCACCUCGUCCUCAGGAAGCCCCAUCCACGCCUCUGUCAGUGGAACCUGCUCCUCCUGUAAAACUCAUCCCUCCUCAUCCUGUGAAGUUUCAGUCAUUUCCUCCUACCGCUGUAGAGCCUGCAGCCCGCCUCCACCUGUAGAGCCCAAAACUCCACAUGUAACUGAGCCUGUUGUCUCAGCCCCUCCUCCACCCCCUCCUCAAGAAGCCCCAUCCAUGCCUUCUGUAAAGUUUCACUCCCUUCCUCCUACGUCUUUGGAGCCCGCAGCGCCACCAAAAACUCCACCUGUCACCAACCCUGUUUUUUCAGCCUCUCCUCAACCUCCAGCUGUACCUACUCCUCAAGUAGAAGCACCUGUACAGCCUGAAUGUGCUCCUCCUCCAACACCUGCUGUAGUAGAGCCAGUAGUCUUACCUCCUGUUGAAUCCUUGAUCCAACUUCAUGUGGAGCCAAAAAGCCCAUCUACACCCCCAGAAGCUGACCACAUCAUCAACCCUAUUAUUCUACCUCCACCUGUGGAGUCCUCCACAGCAGCUGUAGCUCCACCUGAACCUCUAGCUUUAUCUCUGUCCUCUGAACCAACUCCUGCAACUACAAUUGAACCUGCUGCUGUAGCUCCCUCUGUUGAACCUCUUGAAUCCCUUGUCCUGUCGACGCCACCAGUGGAAACGGUCCAGCCUCCGCCCACUGUUGAAUCUACACCAGUAGAAGCAAUAAUCCCACCCUGUCCUGUUGAUUUAGCUCCAGUUGAUGCUGUAGUUUUGUCUCCGCAAGUGGAGCCCACUCUUGUGGAACCUGUAGUCCCAUCAGCUGCAGUUGAAGAAGUGCCUCCACUCAUGGCUCCAGCUGACGACACACUGCCUCCAUGUGAACUGGCUCCACCUCCACCUUCUCCAGAGCCUGUCGCAGCACCCUCUGCUGUUCCAGAGUUCAUCUUUGAAGAGCCCUCCCCACCCUGUCACUGUGUGGAGGUGGCAGUCGUGCCCGCUGAUGCACCUGUAAGUGAACCUCUCAUAGACCCUCUAGCACCACCUCCACUUGAUUCAGCUCCACCUGCUGAGGAGCCCACUAUCACCCUGUCUCUGCCGCCUGUUGAGGAUGAAGUGCCUGUUGUCGCCUCUGUGCCAACACCUGCAGCAGCUUUGCCCAUUUCUUCUGAAGUGUUGGAGGAAGAGAUGAGGCAGAAGAUCAAAGAGGAGAUGCAGAGAAGUCUGGAGGAGGAGAUCAGCCAGAAGAGGCACGAGCUGCAGCGACAGCUGGACGAGAUGAGGGCUCAGGCUCAAGCAGAGGCAAAAGCAGCAGCUGAGGCUCAGGUGGAGGAGCAGGUGAAGAAGACGCUGGAGCUGGAGAAGGCGGCGUACAUGGAGAACCUGACAGACGCCAUCACAAAAGAGCGAAUGAAGACAGAAGAUGAGAGGCUCAUGGUGCAGCUUUAUUGGAUGGAGAUGAAGGCUCAUCAACUGGAGGAGAGGGAGAACCAUUUGAAGAAGCUAAACACUCUGUACAAGGAACAUGUCGCAAAACUUGAAUCAAAGUGUAACGAGUUUUACAAAGUGACCGCUGAGAGCUUCCAGAAGGGCAAAGAGGAGACUCAUAACCGUUUUGCGCGCUUUGAUAUCCAGCCAGUGUGUGGUGACUUGCAGAAUCAGAUUUUAAAAUGCUAUAAGGCAAACACAGGAAAGACUCUGUCCUGCUCGAGUAUCGCCUCGGCCUACAUGCAGUGUGUGGACAACGCCAAGAAAAAUAAAUUCAGCACUGGAGGUUAAUGCGGACCGCUUGGUGAGGACGACAACGACACCUGAAAGCAAAGACAACUUGAUGGACAGAAAUCAGCAAACAAGACGAGUUACAGGAAAGGCAGGAGAAACAACUCCAGCUUUUACGUGCAUCCGGAAGAAGUGCCAGAUAUCAGUCAGACUUGUCAGGUCAGUAGACAGGUCUGGCACUGGUGUCACAAACAUUAGCAGCAGCUGGGUAUUUAGCUUGGAAGCCAUGUUUGCUACCUCUCUGGUUCUUGGGAUCGUCUUAAAACCAAUUGUGCCGCAACAGUAACCGAUGAAUGACAUAAUUUUUAAAUGUUCAUGUUUGUAAAUGAGGCAAAACACAACAAUCAGAGGAGCAGUUUGUGUGUGUGUGUGUGAGAGAGAGAGAGAGAGAGAGAGAGAGAAUGACAUCCUGCAAAAUCAAUGUUUGUGUGCCUUGACAUCUAUGAAGGUUAAUUAUCAGAUUGCAGAUGCAUGGAAGAAUUGUUUAAGGAGCAGAGUGUGACAUAACAAAGACCAGUACGUGUUUUUGGUUAUUGGAUUGUACAUACAUUAUUUCAGGGGUUAUUUCUAAAGCAUGUAAAAAUAAAUAAGUCUCAAAUUUUGUUGUGACACUUUUUGUAGAAAGUGUUGGCAGGUGGUUGCUGCCAUCUUGAUGUAAAUUAGGAGCACAACUGUGGAGGUCUAAUCCAUAUGCCAUUAAAAUAUAAUUUAACCACAUGA